GCGAAUGCGUGUUACGUCACUAUGCGAUCGGGUUGUGCUCAGCUUUUGGUCUCCUGGCACCUUGACGCGUCAGGUUGCUGUCCCCCUGCAUCGGAUGCGCUGUACAGUGCGCUGGCUCCGUGAACUGUAGGGACAACACCGGGAUACCCCCGAGGCCGGAAAAUGGACUCAGUGGCUUUUGAGGAUGUGUCUGUGAGCUUCAGCCAGGAGGAGUGGGCUCUGCUGGCUCCUUCACAGAAGAAACUCUACAGAGAUGUGAUGCAGGAAACAUUCAAGAACCUGGCAUCUAUAGGGGAAAAAUGGGAAGACCAGAAUGUUGAAGAUCAACACAAAAACCAGGGGAGAAAUCUAAGAAGCCAUAUGGGAGAGAGACUCUGUGAAGGUAAAGAAGGUAGUCAACGUGCAGAAACCUUCAGUCCCAAUCUCAGUGUGAGGAAGAACACUGCUGGAGUAAAACCAUAUGAAUGUACUGUCUGUGGAAAAGUCUUCAUGCGUCGUUCAUCCCUUACUAGACACAUGAGGUCUCACACUGGAUAUGAGCUAUUUGAGAAGCCAUAUAAAUGUAAGGAAUGUGGGAAAGCCUUUAGUUAUCUCAAAUCCUUUCAAAGACAUGAAAGGAGUCACACUGGAGAAAAACCCUAUAAAUGUAAACAAUGUGGAAAAACCUUCAUAUAUCACCAACCCUUUCAAACACAUGAGCGGACGCACAUUGGAGAAAAACCCUAUGAAUGUAAGCAAUGUGGAAAAGCUCUUAGUUGUCCCAGUUCACUUCGAAUUCAUGAAAGGAUUCACACUGGAGAAAAGCCCUAUGAAUGUAAAAAAUGUGGGAAAGCCUUCAGUUGUCCCAGUUCUAUUCGAAUACACGAAAGAACUCACACUGGAGAGAAACCCUACGCAUGUAAGGAAUGUGGGAAAGCCUUCAUUUCCCACACAAGUGUUCUAACACACAUGAUAACACACAACGGCGAUAGACCUUAUAAAUGCAAGGAAUGUGGGAAGGCAUUCAUUUUUCCCAGUUUUUUACGAGUACACGAAAGAAUUCACACUGGAGAGAAACCCUAUAAAUGUAAACAAUGUGGUAAAGCCUUCAGAUGUUCCACCUCCAUUCAAAUUCAUGAAAGAACUCAUACUGGAGAGAAGCCCUAUAAAUGUAAAGAAUGUGGGAAGUCUUUCAGUGCACGCCCAGCCUUUCGAGUACACCUGAGAGUGCACACUGGAGAGAAACCCUAUAAGUGUAAAGAAUGUGGGAAAGCCUUCAGUCGGACCAGUUACUUUCGAAUACAUGAAAGGACUCACACUGGAGAAAAACCCUACGAAUGUAAAAAAUGUGGGAAAACCUUCAAUUAUCCUCUAGAUUUGCAAAUCCAUGAGAGAAAUCACACUGGAGAAAAACCCUAUGAGUGUAAGGAAUGUGCAAAAGCCUUCAUUUCUCUCGAGAACUUUCGAAGACACAUGAUUACCCACACUGGAGACGGACCUUAUAAAUGCAGGGACUGUGGGAAGGCCUUCAUUUUUCCUAGUGCAUUACGAACACAUGAGCGGACUCACACUGGAGAGAAACCCUAUGAAUGUAAACAAUGUGGAAAAGCCUUUAGUUGUUCUAGUUACAUUCAGAUACAUGAAAGAACUCACACUGGGGAGAAACCUUAUGAAUGUAAGGAAUGCGGGAAGGCCUUUAUUUAUCCCACAAGCUUUCAAGGACACAUGAGAAUGCAUACUGGAGAGAAACCCUAUAAAUGUAAAGAAUGUGGGAAGGCCUUUAGUCUUCACAGUUCCUUUCAAAGACAUGAAAGAAUUCACAGUUGUGAGAAACCUGUUGAAUGUAAGCAAUGUGGAAAAGCCUUCAGUUUGCCCACAUCCUUACAAAAGCAUAUGAGAAUGCACACUCGAUAGAAACUCUAUAAAUGGGAGAAAUAGGGGAAAGUUUUCAAUUCUAACAGAUACUUUCAAAGUUGUGAAAAUUCCCAGUGAAGAGAGAAAUCCUACCAGUGUAAUAUAGAAAGCGAGAUGCAAGAUAAUUCAUGUAUAGUCAGGUACCAUGUAAUCAUGUUUCAGUGAGCAAUGGACCAUAUACAGGUUGGUGGCCCCAUAAGAUUAUAUAAUACCUAAAACAUUUCUAUCAACUGCAAUUUAGUAGCGGUAGAAACACCAUAGUGCAGCACAUUAUUUAAGUGUUCAUGGUGCUGGUGUAAACCUAUUGCAUUUUCAGUUGCAUAAAAGUACAACACAGCUGGGCAUGUUGGCUCACACCUGUAAUCCCAACACUGGGAGACUAAGGCGGUAGGAUUGCUUGAUGCCAGGAGUUUGUGACUGCGCUGGUCAACAUAGUGAGACCCCGUCUCUACAAAAACUAAAAACAUUUUCUAAGUGUGGAAGCACACCCUGUAGUCCCAUCUACUUGGGAGGCUGAGGCAGGAGGACUGCUUGAGCACGGGAGUUCAAGGCUACAGUGAACCAAGAUCAAGCAA